AAGUCCCUCUUCAUACUCGCCUUGUGAGGAUAAAUAAACCACUCCUCUUUUUCUUGCUUUAUGGCUCCAUAUUCAAACUCAAAUGGCCAUCUCGGCUGGCAACUUUGGAUCUCUCUCCAUCUAAUGAGCUCUAAUCUCCUGUUUGAAGCUCUUGCUGAUAAUCAUGAAAGCCAUUAUUAUAAGCAUAUGGAAAGCUCCAAUGAGUGUGAUUAUUUUGAAGGAAGUUGGGUUUAUGACGAAUCAUACCCACUCUAUAAUUCCUCAAGUUGUCCCUUCAUCGGACAAGGAUUUGACUGCCAGAAGAACGGUAGACCUGACCAGCUUUACCUUAAAUUUCGAUGGCAGCCUACUGCAUGUGACAUUCCCAGGUUUAACGGGGUGGAUUUGGUGGAGAAAUAUAAAGGGAAAAAGAUAAUGUUUGUUGGAGAUUCUCUAAGUAACAAUAUGUGGGUGUCCCUCUCAUGCCUUCUCCACGUAGCUGUCCCAAAUUCUAAUUAUACCAUCCAAGAAAAAGGAAAGCUGUCAACAUUUACAUUGCCGGAAUAUGGGGUUUCAGUGAUGUGGUUGAAAAAUGGGUUCCUAAUAGAUCUGGUCUACGAAAAGAUUGGCAAAAUUCUAAAGCUGGAUUCAAUAAGCACCGGAGACGAGUGGCUUGGAGUAGACGUUUUAAUCUUCAACACCUACCAUUGGUGGCUUCACACCGGAAAAUAUCAAACGUGGGACUAUUUUCAAGUAGGAGACAAGAUUGUUAAAGAAAUGGAUCGUUUGGAAGCUCUGAAAAUUGCAUUAACAACUUGGGGUAAUUGGGUUGACAAUAACAUUGAUCCUUCAAACGCUUGGGUAUUUUUUCAAGGAGUUGCUGUUGCCCAUCUCGAUCCCAGAGAAUGGGAAGAUCCAAACCCAGAGGCAAGGCAAUGCGAGGGACAAACUGAACCAGUUAAAGGAUCAAAAUAUCCAGGCACUGUAAAUCCAGGAGAAGAAGUUGUAAAACAAGUAAUAAGAAAAAUGGCAAAGCCUGCUUAUUUACUUGAUAUUACACUACUAACACAACUUAGAAAAGAUGGGCAUCCAUCUCUUUAUUAUGGCCAAGACAUGAAGCAAAAUGAUUGUAGUCACUGGUGCCUUCCUGGCGUUCCUGAUACUUGGAACCAAUUACUAUAUGCAGCUUUGCUUGACAAGUGUUAAGUAUUUUAAUUUAUUUUUUUAUUUUCAAUAAUUGUAUCAAUUUUUGAAACAAAAGUAGUUUUAUGAUUCUUAUACCUUGAAAGAGGAGGAUGUUGGCCAAUUGAUACCUGUAGUAUGAGGGGUGGCCGUGAUUGAAUGUUUUUACCAGUGUUUAUGAGAUGAAAUGUCGUCCAUUGUGAUUUUGAUAUUCUUACA